GAUAUGCACGGGAGUUGGAAUAUCAAAGCAAAUGAUCCUGGAGAGAAUCUUACAAUAUCAAUUUCAGUUCAUCAUCCUGAUCAUGGAAACUAUUUUACUGCCAGUUUGAAAGCUAAAAGGCUGUGCUCAUCCACCGAGUCAGAUCAUGCAGUUUUCUUUUGGUUGAUGCCUCAUAAAGUUGCAGUAUGGAUAUAUUGGCAUGCUGUAAAACUCUGGUGGAAAAAUGUACGAUUUGUCCAACACCCUAAAUAUAGCGAUCCAACAUACAGGGAGGAAGCUUUGAUACGGGAUAAUAAACUGCAGUGUUGUGGAUUGAGUGAUGAUAAUAGACAUCUGCAACAAAGAGGAAGUGACCAGGGUUGUUUAGCUGAAGUAAGUUCCGAAAACCGGUGGUUUAGAUGGAGAGAUGCUAAGUGGCCAUGGUCAUAGAAAAUGGUAAUCAUAUCUUUUUUCCAUUUUGGGAGGUUGUUUUCAUGUGACUGUAAAACAUUCACAAAAAAGGGUAAUGACGAUAAACUACUUGACCUUGUACACUGGGCUGUACCUCACUAGUUAUGGUCUUUGAAAUAUGUCAUGAUUACCUUGAUUUCUCAA